AUGGUCACCACAUCGCUCAAGUCGUUCAUCAAGAGCGUGAAGUCGUCGAAGACCAUAGCGGAUGAGCGUUCCAUCAUCCAGCGUGAGUCGGCGCUGAUUAGAACGGCGUUCAAGGAUACACACGUUUCGCACCAGACCCGUCGUAUCAACAUCCAGAAGCUGUUGUACCUGUACAUCCUUGGUGAGAAGACUCACUUUGGUCAGAUUGAGUGUAUCAAGCUGCUGGCGUCGCCGAACUUUGUGGACAAACGGUUGGGUUAUUUGGCCACGAUGCUGAUACUGGACGAGAACCAGGAGGUGUUGACCCUGCUGACGAACUCGUUGAAUAACGACAUGAACCACCCUAACCAGUUCAUCGUGUCGUUGGCGCUGACUACGUUGGGGAACAUCUGUUCCCCGGCAUUGGCAAGAGACUUGUACACUGACGUGGAGAAGGUGAUUUCGGGUAACAACAACUACCUGAAGAAGAAAGCUGCUCUCGUUGCGGCUAAGAUCGUGGAGAAGGAUCCGGACCUUGCUGAAAUUUUUGAGCCAAAGGUGAACAACUUGCUGGACUGUACGGACCACGGUGUUCUAUUGGGCGCUUUGAAAUUGGUGAGAAGCCUAUACGAGGUUUCUCCGGAUUCGAGAUCUUUUCUUGUUUCAAAGAUCCCGAAGGUUAUCGAUAUCUUGAAAGGUUUGGCCAAGGAUUUGAACCCAGAGUACGCCGUUUCAGGUGUUGCUGAUCCGUUCCUACAAGUGUCUCUUGUGGAAACACUGCGUCUGAUCUUUAUCGAUGAAGAACACCAGGCCCAGAGCCAUAAGUUCAACGAACAAUUGCACGAUGUUCUGACUUCAAUCACAUCGUACGCAAACAUAUCGUCUUCUUCAAGUUCACAGGCAAAGGGAUCGUCCGCGUCCGUUCUCCAUGAGACGGUCAAGACUAUAUUCUCCAUUCCAAAUCUGGAUCCUGCGCUGAAAGUGUUGGGAAUUAACACUCUGGGCCAACUGCUAAGUACAAAGGAUAACAACAACAGAUAUGUUGCCUUAAACACUUUCUUGACUGUGGUGGAUAUCGAGCCAUUGGCAGUUCAAAGACAUAGAGCCACAAUCGUUUCAUGUUUGAAAGACCAAGAUAUCUCCAUAAAGAGAAGAGCUUUGGAAUUGACUUUUUCAAUAUUGGACUCCAGUAACAUUAGAAUCUUGAUCAAGGAAAUCCUUUCCUUCUUGGAAAACCCUGUGAAUAACGAUAGGGAAUUGAAAACUUAUAUCAUCACAAACGUUACAAAUAUUUUGGGGCAUAAAGAACUCAUUCCAAACGAAAAAUGGAAAUUCGAUACAAUUGCUAAACUUUGUUACCUAGGUGGUGAUUGUUUCUCUUCGACGAUCGUUUCUCAGAUCUUAGCUUUGGUUAUGAAUAUCCCCAACAACGAUGAAUUGAAGAAAUACAUUAUCAACAAGUUAUUCAAGGAGGCAUACACGGAUUCCUCAAAAGAUGGGUUAAACAACAUCGCGGUGUAUCUAGCAGGUGAAUAUGGUGAUUUGUUACUCGGAACAUCCUUGGAAGAUGGUGAAAAGAUAACAGACACUCUUUUAGCGGACUUUUUGGUUGGACUUUCUCAUCUUCAAAACGACGACCCAGUGCUUGUAUCGUUCAUCCUUGCAUCUGCGGUGAAGUUGUCUACACAUGUUCAAGAUUCUUCUGCCAGAUCCAAAUUGAAAAACUAUAUCAAGUCAAAAACCACAUCGGAUAACCUAGGAAUUCAAAUCAAGGCAACGACUUAUCUGGUUUUAUUUGAUGAACCUGAUAACAUCAAAAGAGGUGUCUUGGAUAGAAUGCCACCUCCUGUUAUCACACAAAAGGACACCGUUUCACUCACAAACAGGGCUAAGCAUAACAUGUUGUCCCAAGGUGACGUUGACAAACGUAGAGGAUCUCUUUCAAAGACUGAAGACCUCUUGCUUGACUUGAUGGAUGACGAUACGAUUCCAGCUGACACUCAAAAUAUCAAUGCAACUGACUUACUUGGUGAUAUAUUCGGAAGCUCGGGACCAUCGACAGCAACCCCGCCAAAGAGUUCAAGUGCCAAGAAUGACAUAUUGGAUCUAUUUGGAGGCAAUGCCGAUAAACCUAUUCAGUCUUUCCCAACUGGUGGUAUUGAAGCAUUCCAUAACGACGUUGUAAGAGUUUGUUUCUUACCGAAAAGUAUUGGAGAUGGCCAAGCCAUUAUCGAAACCAUUAUUGCAAAUAAAACUGCUCAUCAAAUCGAAGGCCUACAGCUACUCAUUGCUGUUCCAAAGACUCAGAAAUUGACAAUGACUUCAAUCUCUAACCCAGUGAUCCCACCAAACUCCUUUGCUACACAGGAUCUAAAGAUCGUUGGUAACGCUGGUUCCAAAAUCAAACUGAGGGUUAAGUUUACCUACAACUCUCAAGGUGUGGCAUCUACUGAACAGUUCGACUUUGGGCAAAUUACUGAAACGUUGUGA